CUGCGCCAAAGAUUGUCAUUGGUUUAUAGCUGGUUUAUACUUCUAUGCUUUGCAGUUAACUCAGUGCCUAAGAGAUCAAAGGAUGGGUCACUGGCGCUGCUCAGCUCAUCCGACUACAAUCCCCGUCCGCAGAGCCACGGCGAUCGGGCACACUACGAGGUGCUUUGCAGUCGUCUGCUCGGCUUGAAUCCCGUGCAGAAAGCACUCUGUGUGCAGAAUCCGUUCUCCAUUCCAUUUGUGGCUCGUGGAAUCAGAGAAGCGAUCUAUGAGUGUCAGGCGCAGUUCAGAUUUGAAAGGUGGAAUUGUUCCGAUCGGCACGAGAUCACUCCCACACCACACGGCAAUUUUCAAGACAUUUUCGGUAAAACCCUACGUUCAUCAACGAAGGAAACUGCAUUUCUGGCAGCCAUCGCCAGUGCUGGCAUCGUCCAUGCGAUCACGAAAGGAUGCAACACGGGAAAUCUAACGGACUGUGGAUGCGAUAGCAAACCGGCGCUACAGAAAUACCAGUCUGGUCUGAUUGGUCGACAUGAGCAGUUCUCGUGGGGCGGUUGUUCUGAUAACGUUCCGUAUGGACAAAAAUACGCUAGACAAUUUCUUGAUGAAUACGAGAAGCAACAAUUCGAGAAGAACCGAAACGUCACUCAUCUCGUGAUGAAGCAUAAUUUUCUGGUGGGGCGUGAGGCGAUUUCACAGAAUAUCCGACGACAGUGCAGAUGUCAUGGCGUGUCGGGUUCGUGUGAAUUCAAGACGUGCUGGCUACAAAUGCCGAAAUUUAGUGAGGUGGCCCAGAUGUUAAAGAAGCGAUACGAUCAUUUCGCCGUUCAGGUAACGAAACGAGCUCGUAAGAGGUUGCGCCGAAAGGAGCGGAGCGAACGUCAAAACCCGAUUCGCGGAAACGAAAUGGUUUAUGUGAUUCGGUCGCCGAGUUAUUGCGAACGUAACGAUUCCGCCGGUAUCCUCGGUACGAGUGGUCGUGAAUGCAAGCACUCAUCGUACAAUUCAGACAGCUGUGAUCUGCUGUGUUGUGGGCGGGGCUACAACACGCGAUUGGAGCGUCGUAUGACGCAAUGUCACUGCAAAUUCGUGUGGUGUUGUCAAGUGAACUGUAAGGAAUGUAUUGAAGACGUGCAGGUGCACACCUGCAAAUGA